AUGUGGCACAGAGGUAAGUCACUUGAAGUUGACAUGGCCCAGUCUGCUUCUGCUGACAAAAUUAUGAGUGUAUAUCUGGAGAUGUUGCUAGUUAAGCCCAAUGCAACUUAUAUAGACCUUGCUUUGAUAUGGGCCAAUCCUUUCCACAUGGGGUCAGGUCAAAUGAACACGGCCUCCAUGAUCCCCCAGGGCGCCGAGAGCAGGCAGCCAACCGCUGCACUUCGCUCUCUUCCUCCCGAAGACUUUCCGUCGGACUUCCUGAUCGAGGAGGAGGACUUCUGCAGCCGCCAGCGCCGUCGCCUCUUCCUUCUCGCAUACGUCCACUCCUCCAUCCUCGCGACUCGCAAGCGGUCACACACUAGGGCGACUUGGGCGGGCGGCAAGGGAUACGGCGUGGGCUUGGGCGUCGUGUUCAUGGUGGGGCGCGCCAGGACCCCGGAGGAGCAGAGGAUCGUUCAGGAAGAAAGUCGUCUCCAUCAUGACAUCGUGCAGGGAAAUUAUACCGACACCUACGAGUUGCUGAGCCUCAAGGCCCUCGCGUCUCUUGCAUGGGUGAGCCGACACUGCUCCCCCGUGCCCUGGACGCUCCACGCAGACGACGACGUGUUGGUGGACCCCUUUCUCCUCACAUCCCUCCUCAGGAGGAGGCUCUCGAGAGAGAAGAACAAGUUCCUUUGCUAUCCAUGGAAGGGCUCUAAAGUCCAGCGCCAGGGACGCUGGGCCGUCCAGUACGAAGACUAUCCCAACGCUACCUAUCCUGAGUACUGUAUGGGAGCUGCCUGGGUAGUGCAGACUCACGUCAUCCCAAGUCUUCUGAGUGCGGCCGCGCGAGUUCCGUUCCUGUGGGUGGAUGACGUCUACGUCACUGGAAUAUUAGCGCAAGGCGCGGCCGUGAAACACUCGCCAUGGAUGAGGAAGUUCAUCAGCAGGGAAAAUAUUAGUGAAGAGGAUAUAGGAAAGAAAGUGAUUUGGUAUCACCUGGGAGAGGACAGGUCUGCCUGGUGGAAACUAAUUCUGGGUUACCAUGGAUACCACUAG